AUGGCUCCUCAUCCUCACCCUCCUCUCACUCCUUUCGGAUCCGCUCUGGCUGGAGCACUAGGUUCGGUAUUUGCUAAUGCUGCUGUGUACCCACUAGACACUGUGAAAACUCGAUUACAAGCAGAAGAUGAUGAAUCAGAUGACGAAGGUAACGGCGACCCUCCCGAACAGGAUCUACCUCUGUCAACAGGAAAACACGAUUCGAAGAGUCCGAGAAACAAGGUAAAUCAACAGGUAGUAGCGAUAAGAAGAUACGUGAACAAGAAGUUGAAAUCAUGGGGGAUGUUGAUGAUGCUAUUGAGGAUAUUAAAGGACGAAGGUAUAUCAGGUGCUUUCCAUGGUUUUGGAGCUAGUAUGAUUGGGACUUUUUCUCAGCAAUUCGCCUAUUUCUUCUUUCACACCCUCCUUCGAACAUCCUACAUCCGUCGACUCUCUACGUCCCCAACCAAAGGUCCUCAACAAGCCUUGGUAUCAUUAUCAACCUCGGCGGAACUGUUAUUGGGGGCAUUAGCAGGUGGAUUAGCCCAAAUCUUCACUAUUCCCGUACAGGUCAUAGCUACAAGACAACAAUUAUGGAGACCUCCUCAUCAAGAAUCCAAAACACACGGGAAUGUGGAUUCACCAAGUUUGAUGGAGACUGCUCAAGAGAUCAUAUCUGAAAAUGGUAUCACGGGACUAUGGACAGGGUUGAAACCCGGUUUGGUACUUACUGUCAAUCCAGCUAUAACCUAUGGUGUAUUCGAGAGAUUGAAGACAUAUAGAUUAAGCCAGAAACCCCAAGGCGGAGGAAAGCUGGGUGUAGGGGAAUCAUUCUGGUUGGGCGUUACUAGUAAGAUGUUAGCUACGGUGGUUACGUAUCCUUAUAUCUUUGCAAAAGUACGAUUGCAAGCUAAAGCUACUCCUGAAGAAAUACAAUAUGAUGCGGAACAUCCUUCUCAAUCAAGUACCAAGUCUCUGAACACAUCACAAUCGGCAUUAGGUUUGAAUACCGAUAGCGAUAGCCAAGUGAAACCGACUCGUGAAGGAGAAGCACAAGAGGAAGAGAAACAUACUGAGGGAACACCUAAUCCAACUCCAUCGUACGCAUCAGUAGCUUCUGCUCCACCAUCAUUCGGAUCAGCUACCGUCGACUUACCAAAAUCACAAGAUCCCAAUGUACAGAGACCAGGUUUGACUGAAAGGAAACAUAGUCAUAAAUACCAUCAUCAUCAUAAACAUGCUUUAUCCCUACUCCAAUCGGUAUAUAGGGAACAUGGGUUGAAAGGUUGGUAUAAAGGUUUAGGUGCACAGAUCGUUAAGGCUGUCUUAUGUCAAGGUAUAUUGUUCGUCUCUAAAGAUCAAUUCGAAUCUUAUACAUGGUUGUUAAUCGUUUUCUUAACCAAUUUGAGGAAAAGAUUGGUAUCAUCUCCUGUUUAA